AAAGAACGUCAGCCACAAAAUGAACACAUCACUGUGGCCUUAUUCCAAAUAUAUUCCAAGCUCCUCCCUCACACCUAUCAGCCACAGUGAGGAGUCCAACAAGUCCAAAUCAGGAGUGACAGGAAAUUGCGAGCAGGUCCACAUUGUACCUGAGUUUUUCCUCACACUGGGUUUGCUAAGUCUGUUGGAGAACAUCCUUGUUAUUCUUGCCAUAAUCAAGAACAAGAACCUUCACUCUCCCAUGUACUUUUUCAUCUGCAGUCUGGCUUUGGCAGAUAUGUUAGUCGGUGUUUCCAAUGCAUGGGAGACCAUAGUGAUCCAUCUUCUGGCUAAUAGGAGGUUAGUUGUAGAAGAUCACUUCAUCCGUCAAAUUGAUAAUGUAUUUGACUCUCUCAUCUGCAUUUCUGUGGUGGCCUCCAUGUGCAGUCUGUUAGCCAUUGCCAUGGACCGCUACAUCUCCAUAUUUUAUGCACUACGCUACCAUAGCAUCAUGACUGUGAAGCGAGCGUGCAUAAUCAUUGGUAUCAUCUGGAGCUUCUGCACUGGCUGUGGGAUUGUCUUCAUUAUUUACUCUGAUACAACACCAGUGGUGGUUUGUCUGGUGGCUAUGUUCUUGGCCAUGCUGCUCUUAAUGGCAUCUCUCUACUGCCACAUGUUCCUACUGGCUCGAUCCCAUGUGAAGCGCAUGGCAACGCUGCAUGGUUCUAAUGCCUCCAUCCAGCAACGGGCCAGCUUGAAAGGAGCCCUCACUCUUACCAUCCUUCUGGGAAUCUUCAUUGUAUGUUGGGUGCCAUUCUUUCUCCACCUCAUCCUUAUGAUCUCCUGCCCAAAGAACCUGUACUGCAUCUGCUUCAUGUCCCACUUCAACAUGUACUUGAUUCUCAUUAUGUGCAACUCUAUGAUCGAUCCUCUGAUCUAUGCACUGAGGAGCCAGGAGAUGAGGAAGACCUUCAAGGAGAUCAUCUGCUGCUACAACCUGCGUAGCAUCUGUAGCUUCUCCAGUAAAUACUGA